AUGGACAGUGAGGUACAGAGAGAUGGAAGGAGCUUGGAUUUGAUUGACGAUGCUUGGCGGGAAGACAAGCUGCCUUAUGAGGAUGUUGCAAUACCACUGAAUGAACUUCCUGAACCUGAACAAGACAACCGUGGCACCGCAGAAUCUGUGAAGGUGCAGGAAAUGAAGUGGACAGACUUUGCCUUACAGUACCUUCACGAGAAGGUCCCUCCCAUCAGAAACUGA